UUCCUUCUUCUUCUUAUUCAAAAAAAAAAAAAAAAACAGCCCUCUCUUAUAGCUUCAAUAGGGUUGUAUGAAGCAUGCAUAGCUUUCUUCUGUCUUCUCAUCACAGUCUAUUUCUUUUUUCACAUGAAACCCUUUUGUUACUCACUCAUCCAAAAAACCCUUAAAAGCUACCCAUGGAACUGGCCUGUUCUCGGUAUGCUUCCUGGUGUGCUCGUGAGGCUCCAUCGCAGCUAUGCCUUUGGCGUUGAGGUUCUCGAGAGCUCCAACCUGACUUUUCAAUUCAAGGGCUUGUGGUUCGCUGGAAUGGAUAUGUUGGUGACAGUUGAUCCAGCUAAUAUCAAUUAUAUAUUGACCUCAAACUUUUCAAAUUACAUCAAAGGUCCUGAGUUCAAAGAAAUUUUUGAAGCUUUUGGAGACGGUAUCCUCAACACAGACUCGGAGCUAUGGAGAGAAUUAAGGAAGGUAGCUCAGGCAACAUUCAACCAUCAAGCGUACCCAAACCUCUCAACAUUUACCACGAGAAGUAAACUCACAGACGGGCUUGUACCUCUUUUCAAUCAUUUUGCAAAGGAAGAGCUGGUUGUGGACUUGCAAGAUUUGUUCAUGAGAUUCAUGUUCGAUACAACCUACAUUCUUCUAACCGGGUCCGAUCCUAGAAGUCUCUCUAUUGAAAUGCCAGAGGCUGAGUUCGCUAAAGCUCUUGAUGAUAUUGAAGAAGGGAUUGUGUAUAGGCAUAUUGCGCCGAGAUUCUUGUGGAAGCUACAAAAAUGGAUUGGAAUCGGAACAGAGAAGAAGAUGAUGGAAGCUAGUGCCACUCUUGAUCGUCGUUGUACAAAAUUUAUAUCAGCCAAGAGAGAAGAGGUCAGAUCACAAGGGGUUACUCAUUCGAGUGGAGAAAGUAAAGAUCUUUCUAUAUACGACAUAAUUAAUCUUGAUACAACCAAGUACGAGCUCUUGAAUCCAAAAGAUGAUAAGUACAUCAGAGACUCGGGAGCAAGUUUCAUGGCAGCUAGUAGAGAUACCACAGCCGCUACACUCACUUGGUUCUUCUGGAUUCUGUCUGAAAACCCUAAUGUAUUAACCAAGAUUCUCCAAGAGAUGAACACAAAUCUACCAAAAACCGGAAAUGGUCAAGACACGUCAUCGUACUUGAACAAGCUGGUGUACUUACAUGGCGCAUUGAAUGAAACAUUGAGGCUAUACCCACCAAUUCCAUUUCAACGCAAGUCUCCAGUCAAACCAGAUGUGCUUCCAAGUGGGCAUAAAGUCAAAUCAAAUACCAAAAUUAUGAUCUUUAUUUACGCCUUGGGGAGAAUGAAAGCCGUAUGGGGAGAAGACGCGGUGAAGUUCAAGCCAGAGAGAUGGAUUUCAGAAGCAGGAGAGUUGAGACAGGAGCCUUCUUACAAGUUUUUAUCGUUCAAUGCCGGCCCAAGAGCAUGUAUCGGUAAGAAUUUGGCUAUGAAUAUGAUGAAGACAGUGAUCGUGGAGAUAUUACAAAACUAUGAGAUUAGGAUCCUCAGUGGACAAAAGAUUGAGCCAAAGGUUGGUCUUAUGCUGUACAUGAAGCAUGGGCUUAAAGCCACAAUUACUAAGAAAUGUUCAAGCUCGGAGUGA